AUUGUGCAAUUCGUGCCCAGCUGGAUGGAUUGAAGCGCCAUCAUUGGUACAGACCUGGGAGUACAUGACUCGUGCAAAUUCUGCAUAUGCACAAAUAUGCAUAACUCCGUCCAUUGGUUGUUAUCACGCCUGCCGUGUAACUCUGGACGGCUUCUUCUGCGUCCGUGAUCUGUUGGAGGACUUAUGCUUCGAAAAGAGGGUGAUAUAUCUGGAGCAUGCGCUUUUAAAGUCUGCGUUUUUGGUUCCUCUCUUCUUCUGCAACUUGCGGUCUCGUUUGUCUUGUAUUCGAAUUAAAUAGACUUUUCGAUAACUGGAUUCAAUUGCAAAAUGCCAUUCAACUUCGACUUUUGGACGGUCUACCACGGGUUGAUGCUCAUCCCGUCCGCAAUCGUCGUCAUCAUACUUUACUACACUGUCCUCGCACUCUACAACAUUUACUUCCACCCCCUCUCCUCCUUUCCAGGUCCCCGCCUCGCAGCCGCAACACCACAUUGGAUGGCCCUCUCCUAUCUAGGCGGCCGCACUCCCUACGAUCUCCUCGAGCUACACAACAAAUACGGCCCCGUCGUGCGCACAUCCCCCGAUUCCCUGUCGUACAUCAAGGCGCCGCAGUGGAAGGAGAUUUACGGGCACAAGGCGCCUGGCCAGCCCGAGUUUAGCAAGGAUAGCAAAUACUUCUCUGCGCUCAAGGGUGAUCCCGUGAUUUUAACUGCGGAAAGGGAGUAUCAUUCGUAUAUCCGCAAGUUGUUCGCGCAUGGCUUCUCUGAGAAGGCGAUGAGGGAGCAGGAGGUGGUGUUGAAGGGGUUUGUUGAUGUUUUGUUUGCGAGGCUCAGGGAGGAGGGGGAGGGAGGACAGGCUGUUGAUGUUUUGCAGUGGUAUAAUUUCCUUACCUUUGACUUUAUCGGGUUCCUCACCUUUGGCGAGUCGUUCGACUGCCUGACUACGUCAACCCUCCACACCUGGGUCCAGAUCUUCUUCGCCAUGGCGAGGUUCAUGUCGUUCCACCAGAUCAUCUCCCGCCUGCCCAAGCUGCUCCAGCUUCCCGCGACGCUGUUGACGAUGCCAAAGACCCUUGCCGCGGAUGUGAAAACGCUCAACGAACUUCAAAGCGAAAAGGUUCAGCAUCGUCUUCAAACGGAGGCGACUGUCCCUGACUUUAUGGAGAAGAUGAUUUCGGCCUACAACUCUGGCAAGAUGACGUAUAAACAGCUGGAGGGGAACUCGCAGAUCCUCAUCGGUGCCGGGAGCGAGACCACCGCGACUUUACUGUCGGGCCUCACAUACCUUCUCCUCAAGAACCCCCGCGUCCUCGCCAAGCUCGCAACCGAAGUCCGCUCAACUUUCACUCACCCAGACGAAAUCACCUUCACGGGUGUCAAUAACUGCAAGUACCUCCUCGCCUGCAUCGAAGAAGCCCUCCGCGUCUACCCGCCCUCCCCGCAACCGCACCACCGCAUCGUACCCGCCGGUGGUGCGACCGUCGACGGUGUCUUCUUGCCUGGGGGCACGUCCGUUAGUAUCCCUAUCUAUGCUGCCUCCCACAGUCCCGUGAACUGGAAGCUGCCAGAGGAGUUUAUACCUGAGCGAUGGAUGGCUACGAAGGAUGGUGGUCAUGGGAAUGGGGAUGCGGAUGCGGAUGUCGACGUGCGGCUGUUUGCCGGGGAUCAGCGCGAUGCGUCGCAGCCGUUCCAGGUUGGACCGCGGAACUGUAUUGGGAGGAAUCUGGCGUAUGCGGAGAUCAAGAUUAUCAUGGCAAGGUUGGUGUGGCAGUUUGAUAUUGAGAAUGCCACGGAUGGAGAUUGGAUCGGGAUGCAGAAGGUGUUUAUGGUUUGGGAGAAGGCGCCGCUGUGGGUGAAGUUACAUCCUGUUUCGAGAGGGUGAACAGCAGCCAGACUGACGAGGAGGUCAUGAUAGAGUCCAUUUGUUGUCGAGAUCGAAUUCACUCUUCUAUGUAGUCUUGCAACAAUGCAUUCAGGCCCUCUUUCAACUUCAAAAUGGUCGCAAUGUGACCCGAGGAAUCCAGGAUUAGAUAUGCAGUCGAUGUAAGAGUGAAAUCCUUGAUUAUUGUACUUGUAUUUGAAGCACGUUGUGGCACCAGACGCGAGGUUUAAAG